AUGUCGUCGACUGAUCGCGCAGACCCGCCCUCCACAAGACCAACAUAUACACCGUGGCAGCUGCAUCGAGUCUGGGACCGCAUCGACUUCCCUUCACGCUUCCGCUACGAGCCAGGCGAGUUCAGCAAAGAAGUGGUCAGACACCACGACGGCCAUGGCUUUCUGUCCGCUCUGAUGACCCACUCGCUCGCCUACAUUCCGUUCGAGAACUUGGAGCUGCAUUACUCGCCGCACCAUCAGAUCUCCAUUCACCCCGACGCGUUGUUCGAGAAGAUCGUGAGACAGAAUACCGGUAGAGGAGGCUAUCCACUCGAGAACAAUGUCUUCCUCGGUACGGUGCUGCGCAGCUUCGGCUUCGAAGUCAUGAGCGUCGGCGCUCGCUUGAAUACACUGUACGAAUCGAACGGAGAGUCGAACGGAGAACACAGGUUCGCUGGCUGGAGUCACAUGGUGAACCUAGUGACCAUCCGUGGUGAAACAUUCCUGGUGGACGUUGGGUUCGGCUCCGGUGGUCCGACCCAGCCCAUACCCCUCGUAGAGAAUGAGGAGACUGUGAUAGAGUCGACACAAGAACGGAUGCGUCUUCGCCGCGAUGCCAUCGCCGAGAAUGAAUACCAAGGCAACAAGUUAUGGAUCCUAGAGCGGCAAGUCUUCGCUGAUGGUCACUGGACGGCUCUCUACUGCUUCGAAGACUUCGUGUGCUUCUUACCGCAGGACUUCGAGGUGAUGCAUUUCCACGCCAGCACCCACCGCACCAGCUUCUUCACAUAUCGGGUGAUCGUGAUGAAAUACCUGCUGGACGCGCGCGGAGAGUCAGUCGUCGGAGAGCUUAUUCUUCGUGGAGAUCGUGUCCUUCGACAAACGAAAAACAAGCUGGAGGUCCUUGCCAUGCUGUAUACCGAAGAGGACCGCGUUGAGAGCCUUGAGAAGUACUUCAACAUCACCUUGACCCAAGCGCAGGCUGCGGGGAUCAGGGGAAUGGUUACCGAAUUGCCAUCACGGCAUUCGGACCAAAUCAUCGCAGGAAAGGAUGAACCGGAAGGAGUGAUGUUGGAUGGAGUGACGGCCUAA